AGUUUGAAACCUUCACUAGUAUUGUUUGUGCUGAGGCUGGCUCUGCUGAGCUGAAAUUUAUUUAUGACACUUAUGACGUCAAAAUUCCAGUUUUGGAUUUAUACUAGUUGAACAAUAAGUAGAAAUUGUUUUCAUAAUUUUUGUUUGCCGUGUGAUUUUCUUAAGGAUAAGACUCUGAUGCGUACAGAUUGAAUAUGUUAGUGGCCGACGAAGAAGAAGACAUCAACGAUGCUUUCGAUUCGAUAGCUUUGGGAGAGGAAUCGGUGAAAGAGGAGAGUUUUCAAGAAGGCGAAGAAAAAGGGCGAAUAUGCGGUCUUUCAGAAGGGUAUCAUCUCGGUUUUCACAGGGGAGCAGAGAUCGGAGCUGAACUCGGAUAUUACUCCGCCUUUACCUCAUAUUAUCUCUCACUUCUACCUGGGCUUAGCGACAAGGUCUCCAACUGCUUGGAAAAGCUCAAGGAAAAGGUCCGUUCCGUACCGACUGAAAACCUGGAAUCGUUUGAUGUCCACGGUGCCCUAGACGCUUCAAGAGCGCUCUUCAAAAAGAGCUGUGCCCUUCUUAAAAUUGAUUCGUGUCUACCUGUAAAACAAGAUUUUGAUACCUGACCUAUUUGAUUAGCCAUUUGAAAAUGGAAUGCCUUAAGACCAAAAUUGACUCACUGAUUUUGUACUUAACACCUUGGCAGGCACUUAUCAGCUCGCACAUGGUUUCAUUUCUAACUCAGAACCUUUGGUCGAAACACAUUCCUCAAAGUAUAAGACAGGAAUUCGAAACACUCUGCCCAGUCG